AUGCCGUGGCAGUGGCUCCCAGAAUUUGUCAUUCAGCGUGGUGAUGGCAAUACAAGUUAUACCUCCACGAGAGGCAAACUUUCUGACCCGUAUGACCUUAUCACAGAACAUGGGCGGGUUAUGUCGCUAACCUCCGCAGAUAAACAUCUUCUGGAAGUGACUGUUGUCUGCAAAGGUAUACCAAAAAAGUUCCGAGGAUUCCGAGACGGUGUGCCGCUACAUUUCGUUCUCAAGUCUACUCUAUCACAGCUUGGUAUUAAACCUGAGGACGAGAAAAUCAAGUUAAACUGCAGCUUGCAAGAGGUAGAGGUCCACGUGAAGCUGAGAGCACUUUCGCCGCUUGCUGUCGUGGCACUGAGCAACAUUAGGGUGGGCGCACAUAUUGGCAAACUCUUCGCUGCGGAGGGAGUCCGGCGGGUGCGAGAGACUGCCUACGUUGAUCGGUUGCUUAACAUGAUGAACUGUGGUGGCGAGUUGCUUCUCAAGUACAACGGCAGUUCGGGAUCAUCUUUUGAUGUGAGGCUUGUGGGGGGCCGCGCCGUUGUUUUCCUUCCUCUUCGUAACGGUGCUUCAGUGUACGGUGACGAUGUGCACGGUUUUAUCCCAACCAUCGGCAUGGCGUUGAAGGAGGGCGUGAAGUGCAAGUAUCUCCUUCGCCUGCAUCAACGACACUGCGAAGGUAUGCCCCGUGUGGCGCGUCCAGGUGAAAUGCUUAUUGUUUGUGGUUACUCGCUGUGUAUGCGCACGAUGUUCGCCCGUGUGGUAGAGGAGCUGCUUCCUAAGGGUCUAAAGUUGAUUGGACCCGGAAUCCUAGAGCCCAGCCCGUGUGGAGUAACUGAGCCUCAAGACAUCGCUUUUGCGUUUUAUGGGGACUCCACGGAGGAGCUUACACAUAUCCCAAUGGAGUUCUUCACGUUGGAGUCGUACCGUGAACAUGUGCCUUAUGCCCUACGUAAGACUCUCAAGCAACGCUGUGAGUCCAAAAAGGACGUUCUCCGUGCCUUCAAGACAAUGCCAAGGGCGAAAAUGUGCUGCUGCACUUUCAUCACCAAGGGCGGGCAGUUUAACGAGCUGGAGCAGAAUGACUGGGUGACAGCAGAGCCUACGGACAUUUCAUAUCGCGAUCACGAUACGCCGGAGCAGCGUCACGAACUCGCCCAGCAGAACAUUUAUCAACAAUGUGAAUAUGGCAUUCUCUCAGCAAUUGCCGCCGGUGAUAUAACCAGUGAGGGUGUUCUUCUAACAAGAAACCUUCCGUCUCCCUCUUUAAAGUCACUGGUUCUCUCCUGCAGCGUUGCACAGAGGGUUCGGGCCAUAUACUUCUCCAGGGCUUCCGGACGGCAUGGCAAUUUCUUCAGUCAGGAUGAUCAUGCCUUCCUGACCGAUUUGGAUACGUUCGGGAUCGAUGUGUUUUUCGUUGAUAUGAAGCGGGAGACCAUCCUUCAAUAUGUCCGCCGACCGGACCGUGACGUUGGGGUGUUUGCCCCGACCGAGAAGCGUAGGGAAUAUCUGCUUGCAACUUUCUUUGGCGUGUACGGCUCAAACCUUGUGGAGGGUACCUUUGAAGACGAACUCCAUUACCUUUUUAAGGGAUUACUGACACUGAAGGAAGAAUGUAAACAUCCUCAGCUAAACCCUAAGACAUCGCUCGCACUUGUUACGGGGGGCGGCCCAGGAGCUAUGGAAGUCGGAAACCGGGUUGCGAAGAAUCUGGGCAUCCUGUCCUGUGGUAUGUUGGUUGAUUUUGCCUCACUCUCGGGCAAACCUGGAGCAACCAUCAACGAGCAGGUUCAAAACCCGUACGUGGAGGCAUUUAUGACAUACCGUUGGAACAAACUCGUGGAACGCCAGUCGGACUUCAACCUGGACUUUCCCAUUUUCUUGAUGGGAGGCAUCGGCACAGACUUCGAAUAUGCACUGGAAGAGGUGCGGCGUAAGGUGGGUGCUGUUGCUCCGACACCAAUUAUUCUUUUCGGAUCACGCGAGCACUUCGAAAGCAAGAUAACAGGUCGCUACCAAGCGAAUUUGCAAAACGGCACCAUCAGGGGCUCCGAGUGGAUCUCAAACGUGCCGUGGGUCGUAGGCACGGGACGGGAGGCGCUGGAAAUUUACGUCCGGUACUUUAGCGGGAGGCUGCCGGUAGGUCCCGGUAAUCCGUCCAACGAGCUCGGCUUCGUGAUUGCCGCGGAGUAUUUAGCCAAUAACCCUAGUUAA